UCCUGUACCUCCCCGUGGACCCCACCAUGGAAAAUAUGGUGAUCAAGUCACCUCCCUUCAGAGGGCUUUGGGAGUUCUGCAAGUUCGAAGCUCACCUCCACCAGAGCAGGAUGCAGAACGCCAGCAUCAAGCUGGUCUCCGAGUCCACCAGUACCGAGGUGCAGUGGAUCCUACAGGAGGUGGCCGGGAACAACUUUGAGGAGUGGUAUCCCAUGCAGUUCCUGGUGGGAAAGGUGUUACAAGAAGUGCGGAUCAUCAUAGAGAUCACCCGCCCUAACAUGGUGAACCCGCCGCUUCCUCUGCCCCAUAUUGCUAUAGACAACAUCAGGAUGGUGGACUGCCUGCCGGAGCCCCCAGUCUUCAAUGGGGAGUGCCUGGUGGGGCAGCUGAAGUGCAAGAUUAUGAAUAAAGACUCGUGCAUCAAGCUGCAGCAAGUCUGCGACCUGGUCAAGGACUGCGACGAUGGAGCUGAUGAGAAUCAAAAUUGUGACAAAAUGCCGUACGGAUCGUACUGCAACUUCGAGCAAGAUGCCUGCGGCUUCGAAAACGUGCCUCAGCCGAUCCUAAGAUGGUCGAGGCACAACGGGCCUACCCCUACAGACAAAACUGGCCCGAAUUUCGACCACACCUGCGGUCCCCCUGACCCUUACCCCACCCCUAUGAUCCCCCCAUUAGUCCCAGCUCACAUGAACUUUAGUUUAUCCACGUGCGUUGGAUACUACUUCUUCGUGAACAUGAACGUGACCGGGCCCAAUAAGGAAAAGGCGGAUUUCGCGUCGACGGCGACAAUCAGGACUGUGGUCUUCAACCCACCUCCUAUGGUGCAUGGGAACCUCACUUCGAAGUACUACAAUUGCUGUAUGAUACGGUUCUAUUACCAACAAAACGGGCGCAACUACGGCUCGCUCAGCGUCGAAAUGGUGGAGCUGACCAGGAACGGGAACAACACCAAGUCCAUCUGGUUCUCCACCAAGGACAAGGGCGAGAACUGGUACCGGGCAUCGAUAUUCCUCCCCAACACCACUUCUAAAUACUACCUCGUGUUCAAAACACGUAUGGGUAUGCGUAUCUACUCAGACUCCGCAAUAGAUGACUUCUCUAUGGCACCGGAGUGCUUCGGUCUAAACAUAGACAAGGCAGAGCUAGGGGAUUACAACUACUACGACCCCAUGCUUGAGGAGAAGACGACCACUCAUCCUGCAUUCUUGAAUAAAAUAUUCUACCGUUUCACCACUUGCGGGGCAACCGGUCGAUACGGCCCCAACCAGACGAUGUGCGACGCGGCGUAUAACAACACGCCCGUCACCGUGUCGGUCAUCCAGACCCCGCCGCAUCAGGGGAUUCAAGUGUGGGAGGUGCCGGCUGAGGGGUUGUAUACGAUCAUAGCCACGGGCGCGUCGGGCGGACUGGGCUCCGCUUGGGCGGGCGUCUCGCACGGGGCGCAGGCGCGCGGUCUCUUCGAGCUUCAUCGCAGCGAGCAUGUUUAUAUGCUGGUCGGGCAGCAAGGGCUUAACGCCUGCAAGAAGACUCUAUCAGCGCAAGAGAGUCAGGACUGCUCCAAGAAGCAGAACGACUCUCUCCAGAUCUUCACCAGCAAGACGCACGAGGUCCGAAACACCCACGUCACGGACGGAGGCGGCGGCGGCGGUGGAGGCACUUACGUGUUCUUGCUGGACAAAGAAGGCCACUCAGUGCCGCUGCUAGUUGGUGGUGGCGGCGGCGGCAUCUCAGUCGGGGUGUUCCGCGAUGAUGGCUCGCAACAUGCCCGCGCGCAUACCAACGCUACCCCGGAGUCCGGGUAUAUGUACGGACAGCCGGGGCGGACUUCUGGUGCCGGCGGCGGCUGGGUCGGUCGCUCAGGGCCAGUAACGCCAGGUCACGAGGCGGUACGAGGCGCGGCGGUCCACGAGGGCGGCGCGGGCGGGCUGGCGUGCGCGGGUGCGGGCGGCGGCUGGGUCGGUCGCUCAGGGCCAGUAACGCCAGGUCACGAGGCGGUACGAGGCGCGGCGGUUCGCGAGGGCGGCGCGGGCGGGCUGGCGUGCGCGGCGAAAANGGCGUGCGCGGGCGCGGCGCACGGCGGCUUCGGCGGCGGCGGCGGCGGCUGUCUGCGCGGCGGCGGCGGCGGCGGCUGGCUGGGAGGCAACACGAACGAGGGCGAGGGCCAGCACGGCAGCGGCGGCUGGUCGCACAUCAGCAACGCGCGAGCUGUCAGAGAGUACUCCGAGGUCACCAUCGCCUCGCAUAUCGGGCCUGGGGAAGUCCUCAUUAUACCGGCCAUACACGACUGCGGCUGCGACUACCGCUGCGUGGCGCUGAACGAGUUUCGCAGCCAAGUGCGUUGCUACUGCCCCUCGUCUUGGAGCACCGACGUCCACGACGACACCAAGUGUAUAUUGGAGGAGUCCUGGCCUCGUCUGUCGCUGGUGCUGCUGGUGGUGAUGGGAGUGGCGGUGUUCGUGUCUGCCCUCGCUGUGCUUUGUGUCUGCCUCUACCUCUACAACGCCUACCAACGCAGAAAAGAGACGGAACUCCGUCAAAAGCGCCUCCUAGAACAGGAGGUUCAGCUCCACCGGCUCAGGAACGCCCCUGGGGGUAAUGAAAACCCCCUCAGCAUGGCGUUCAACCCCCAUUAUGGAAGCGAGAGCAUCCUGCCUCAGGGGAUUGAUGUGAGGGGCCUGCCGCAGGUGUCUAGGGAGAGCCUGAAGCUGGUCAAGGCACUAGGCCAGGGCGCUUUCGGCGAGGUCUACCAAGGCUUGUACAGGCACCGAAACGGCGACGCAGCAGAAAUGCCGGUGGCUGUCAAGACCCUACCAGAGCUAUCCACCGGCCAGGCAGAGUCAGACUUCUUGAUGGAAGCCGCCAUUAUGGCGAAGUUCAACCACCCGAAUAUCGUACACCUGAUUGGAGUAUGCUUUGAUAGGCAUCCUCGCUUCAUAGUCCUGGAGCUGCUAGCAGGCGGGGACCUAAAGAACUUCUUGCGGGAGAGUCGCCCCAAGCCGGAGCGGGCCAGUGCUCUCACCAUGAAGGAUCUGCUGCUUUGUUCGCUGGACGUCUGCAAGGGCUGCCGGUAUCUGGAGGCCAAGAGGUUUAUACACAGGGACAUAGCAGCACGUAACUGCCUGCUAACCUCCCGCGGUCCAGGUCGUGUGGUCAAAAUCGCUGACUUCGGCAUGGCCAGAGACAUCUAUAGAGCUGACUACUACAAGAAGGGGGGCAAGGCCAUGCUGCCCAUCAAGUGGAUGCCGCCGGAGGCGUAUAUUGACGGGAUAUUCACCAUUAAAACUGAUGUUUGGUCGUUCGGCGUGCUGCUAUGGGAGGUGUUCUCUCUAGGCGUGAUGCCGUACACAGGCUGCGCGAACAGAGAGGUCAUGGAGAUGGUCUCUGGCGGCGGUCGCCUGGAGAAACCUUAUGGCUGUCCCCAAGACAUCUACCGGCUGAUGUGUGAGUGCUGGAACCCCACGCCCUCCGAGCGGCCCUCCUUCGCAGGCAUGUUCGACCGCCUGCAGAGGUUCUCACAGGACCCCGAGAUAGUCAGCGCCUCGUUACCAGUGGUGCGGUCGCUGCUGCCUCUCCCGGCAGAGGUGCAGGUCAACGCCAACGGACCGCAGAACAAAGGCCAUGGAAUUCCAAUUUCAAAUCUCCCCGCGUCCGCGUGUGUACUGAGCGUGGCAUGUUGGCAGCGCGGCCCGGCCUGCGACUACCUCGUGCCGAUGUCGCCGCAGGAGAACCCGCCGCCGAACUCUAGCUCAACGGAUCCGCUGGUCCCUCAUAGCAAAUCGCCAACGGCGGCGCCGGAACCACCAGAAACGGAGGAUUCACCAUAUCCACCUCUUCUGAAAGCAUCACAAGAAUAUGGCAACAUUCCAAUGGCGUCCCGGAGCGGCGCGAGCGCAAGGCGGGCCGAUGCUUCGGCUACCUCCGCCGCCGAGACGCGGACCACCACAAAGUUUCUGCCGUCUAAUUCGACAGACAGGUUACUAAGCUCCGUAGAAGGCGCUUCAAUAGACGAGGAAUCACCAUCGGAGGUUGACGGUAAGCCGACCAUCUGGGAGACCUCCUUCACUGAGCCCAAGAAGGAAAAGGUUGAGCCCAAGACUCAAGACCGGACUCAAGAUCGAACUCAAGACCGAACUCAAGACCGGAGUCCCAACUCCAAACAGAGCUCAGAAAACGGACCUGCUGUGGAAAAACUAAUCAGCAUAACACCAACAUCGCCCAAACCCCCAGAGAAUGUCCUGACCAAGGCCAUAGAGGCCAACGUCAUAGAUAAAACGAAUCACAAGAACUCCUUAGUGCCAGAGAGAAAGACUGCGCCUAUCGCGUCUCCCGACCCUCCUCGCAUCAAUGCGUGGGCCAACAACGACCCUCCGAAAGUAACUCCGAAACUAAAACCUCUUUGCCUUGACGCAGCGCAGUUAGAACAAAAUUUGAACGCCCUCAAAAAAACAGCGGGUCCGUCAAUUUAACCACAAUGUCCAGCAUUCUCCCCCCGUAUAUCAACGUGGUGACCCCAAACAAACUAACAGAGGCGAAAACAAUUCAAAUAGACCCCAAGAAAGCUGUCAUAGACGACUUACAAACGCCUAAAGAGGAGACAAAAGAAGAAAAGACAAAACUCAAACAGUCUAAUUCCGCUGCCAGUUUGCUGAACGGACCUAUGACUGAUUUGCCAUACGCGGACAGCGACAACGCUUCCUCAAGCUCUGGGAGCAACGCGCAGAAUCUCAUCAAGCAAAAGAACAAGAAAAAUUACACAGAAGUCGUCGUCGGAAACGACAGCGUCAAAAUGAUAAAACAGGGUAGCAAUGCGGAGUUUGGGGACUCAGAAAUUAGCUUUUAAACGUCUAUUAAAGCCCUUCUAUAGCCAAAGGUUGUGCCAUACGAUGCGACCGUGAAAACGCGAGUGCCGCCGUUUCAUGUGACAAAAACUAUUCUAUUUUUAAACUAAUGAAAAUAAUGUUACCUACUAUUAGGUGUAAAUACUACCAAAUACGUUUUAAAUAGGAAUCUUUAGAAUGUAAGCAUUAUAGUCACUUUAUGUGCGGGACUUUAAAAACAUAUUUAUUAAAAAAUAUAUUGUUUAAUUUGGAAAUUUGUAUUUUUGUCGAAACAUGUACAAAACGUUGGUCUUUUUGUUAAAAAUUUAUCGUGAAAAUGAAAAGUGAAUCGUAGAUUUCUUUUGGUGAAAAGAAAAAUGGCUUCCUGAUAUCGCUUAAUAGUAAAAAAUAGUCGUUUAUUGUUGCUCAAUUUGCUCAAUGUUUUGCGAGAAUUUUGUAUGUAGCUCAAAGUAGAUAAAAAAAAUCUGUUAGUUUUUUCUACUUUAGAUGAAUUUAAUAAUAAUUGAGAUGAACUUUUAUAUGAACGAAAUCAAUUGGCUUUGUAGCGUUUCCAUUUUGUUUCGCCAGUAAGACUAUAAUAAAGAUCGUCUCGGACCUGUUACAUAUAUUUAAUCACGCACAUCAAGCAACAGCUGAUUAGUAUUAUCUUCAACUUUAAAUUAAGGACAAAUGAAACGAAUUAAGACACUACUUAUCUACCGGUUUUUUAAUUAUUUUUUUACGUUGAGAAUCUACCAUCGUUUGGCAAAGUCAAAAAAUAUGAACAUUCCAUGGAUUUUUUUAAUAAAAAAUAUUUUAAUUUUUUAAAACGUUUUUUGAAGUAAUAAGUAUUUGUUCCAUUAAAAUUGUUCAUAACAAUGGUUUGAUUCUCGACUAUUAUUUAUGAGUAUUUCCUUACGAUCCUAGAUUAACUAGAUAAAAACGUAGUAUCGCUUAAAAUGUUUGUAAAUAAUAUAAAAAUGUAGAAAUUUGUGUAAAUCCGCCCCAGAAAAAACAUAUACACGAAUAAAUAUAAAAAUAUAAUGAAGUAAUCUUUUACGUAUACGUAGUACGUAGAGUGAAAGAGUUGUGUCAGUACCUAUUUUAGUUGUAAAAAUUUUAUGUACGUUGAAAUAUAUGGUAUGAGAAUGUUGAUUUUGUUUAUAUAUAUAAAUUUUCAUUUAUAUUUCACCGGCAUUGUUAGAG